UUAAAAACGCAAUUUACCAAAACUGAAACAAGAAUAGGAAAUCUCAUUAGUCAUAUCUAUUAAAUAAAUUAAACUUGUUAUUAAAAACCAUGCCACUUGAAUUCACACUAGUGAAUUCUUCCAAAUACUUAUGGAAGAAAUAACACCAAUUUAUACAAACUCUUUCAGAGAACAGAAAAAUAGAAUAUUUCCCAAAUCAUUUGGGUGCCAUCAUAACUUCAAUGGGUUAUGACAUCUAAACCUGAAUAGGCCAUUAUGAGAAAGGAAAAUUACAGACCAAUCUCUUUUAUAAACAUAGAUAGAAAAAUUCUAAAAAAUAUAUCAGCAAAUAAAAUUCAGAAACAUAUAAAAGGGAAAUAAUAAAUUAUGAGAAAAUUGUGUUAUUUUAGGAAUACAAAUGCAAUUGAAUAUUUGAAAACUGAUCACUAUAAUUUAUCACAUUAACAGAUAAAGGAGAAAAAUCAUAUGAUUAUCUCAAUGGAUUCAGAAGAAGUCAUUUGAUAAAAUUCAGCAUAUGUUCAUGGUAAAAUUGUUAGCAAACUAAAAAUGGAAGGGAACUUUCAGAGUGUAUUUUAAAACCUACAGUAAACAUUAUCCUUAAUGGUAAAUUAUUGGAAAUUUUCCCUCAGUGAUCAAGAAUGAGACAAUAAUGCCUGCCUUUACUAUUUCACUUCAGUGUUUUACCAGAGGUCCUAACCAGUGGAAUAAGCAAAGGAAAAAAAAAGACACAAUGAUUGGAAGGGAAGAAAUAAGAAUGUCUUUUUAAAAAAUGACAUGAUUGUAUACACAAAAAGUCAUAAAGAAUCCACAGACUAUUAGAAUUAAUAAAUGAAGUUAGCAAUGCCUCUGGAUAUAAGGUCAGUAUACAAAUAUAAAUUGUAUUUCUAUAUAGCCACAAAACCAGGAAAUUUAAAAUUUCAGGUAUCAUUUACAGUAGUUUCAAAAAUACCAAUAUCUAGAAAAAAAUCUAACAAUAUGCCUAAGACUUCUACACUGAAAAAUAUAAAAUAUUACUGAGACAAGUUAAAGAGAAAGAUAUAUAAUGUUAAAUAGUUGGGAGACUCAAUGUUGGGAAUAUGUCAAUUCUCUCCAAUUGCAUCUAUAAAUGCAGUAAAAUCUUAAAAUUUCAGCAGAUUUCUGUAUGAAAAUUGACAAGCUGAAUCUAAAGCUUACAUAGAAAUACAAAGGAACAAUAAUAACCAAAGCAAUUUUGAAGAAAAAGAAUAAAACUGGAGGACUUAUCUAUCGGAUAAUAAAACCCAUCAUAAAGCUAUAGAAAUUAAGACACUAUGGUAUUGCAGGAUAAAUGAAGAGAAAAAUUGAAAAUAAGAGUCUUGAGCAGACCUAUGGUCAUCUGAUUUAUGACAAAAUGACAUUUCAGAAACAAAGGCAAAUGGAUCUUUUCAAUAGAUGGUGCAAAGUCAUUUGGAUGUUUACAUGAAAAAAAUAAUUUUGACCCUAACCUCAUUCAUAUAAAAAAUUAAUUUCAGGAAGAUUAUAGUUCUAAAUGUGUCAAGUAAUUUUUCAAAAAUACCAUACAAGAAUAUUUUCGUUACCUUGGAGUAUGCAAAGAUUUAAAGAGAACACAAAAAUCCUAACCACAAAUUAAAAGUAUUGACAAAUUAGGCUAAAUCAAUGUUAAGAAGUUUGUUCAUCAACGAUACCAUGAGAGAGUUAAAAUCCAAACCACAGAGUGGAAGAAGAUAUUUGCAAUACAUACUUCUAAAAAAGUACUUAUACCCAGAACAUAUAAGGGACUUCUAAAGGUUGUUAAAAAAAAAGGCAAAUGCCCUAAAUAGAAAAAUAGACAAAAGACUUGAAAAGCACUUCACAAGAAUGCACCCUAAUGAGCAAUAAACAUGCAAAAAGUAUGCUCAAUUUAAUUAAUCUUCAGAGAAGUGUCAAUCAAAGUCACAAUAUGAUAUCACCACAGUGGUUAAAAUUAAAAGACAAUAUCAAAUGUUGACAAGAAUAUGGAGAAACUGGAACUCUCAUUCUUUGCUGGUUUGGAUAAAACUUCAUUUGAUAACUGUUUUGCAAUAUCUGCUAAAGCUAAAUAUAGGUGCACAUCUUAACAUACAGCAAUCUAACUCCUAGGAAUAUAUUCAACAUAAAUGCACAGAUACACAUCGAAAGACAUGUCCAAGAAUGUUCAUAGCAGCACUACUAAAAUAUCCCCCAACUGGAAAACCCAAUGUCCAUCAACUGGAGAAUGGAUAAACAAGUCGUAGUAUAGUCAUACAAUAGAAUUCAAAGCCAGGAGAAUAAAAUAAAUUAGGACAAUGUGCAACAGAUGAAUUUUACAAACGUAAUCUUGAGUGAAAGAAGCCAGUCAUGAAGGAGUAAUAUUCUAUAACUCCAUUUGUACAAAAGUUCAGAAAAAAGACCAAAAAACCCUUUAUGAUAGAAUUCAGAAGGGUGCUUACCUUUAGCGGGGAAGCUAGCGACCAGACAAUGACGGGAAAAGGCUUCUAGGGUUUUGGUAACAUUUUAGUUUUAAUUUGUGUUCUGCUCAUAGGAACGUGUUCACUUGGUGAAAAUUCAUUGAAUUUUACACCUUUGAUUUGUGCCUUUUUCUGAUAUAUAUUUCAAAAUAAAAAUCAUUUUCAUAAAAUUGUAAACUUUUUAAAACAUCCAUUAUCAUUUAUUUCUUGAAUAUAAUCAAGUAAGAGACCCACAAGAGAAAGUUUCUUUGCGUACUCAAAGAUACUUUUAUGAGGAAUACUAAUAUAUCAUUUUAGUUUGUUCUGAAAAGUAUUUUUUCACUGAAAUCUAACUCAGCAAAUGUUUAUUUAGAACUUCCAGUAACUAAGAAUUGGAGUUAAGAUGGGGAACACUUCUGUGACUUAAAAGGAUAUUGAUAUACAUCAGAGUUCAAGUUUGGAAGGAAACGGCAAAUACUGUAUGCAAUAGUAAAUACGGACGCCUGGUGGCGCUGCAGGCUAGGAUUCUGAAUGAAGGGCGCUGUGGAUGCCCGGGACGCCAUUAAGCUGGGAGUCAGAACUCUGAAUGCUUCCUAGAAGAAGGAAGCAUUUUAGGUGAGAUCUAGGGGCAGAGAUCUUCAGAGAGGGCAUCAUUCUAGUGCAAGUGUUUCAGAAAGAUCUAAUUUGAGGUUAUUUAACAAAUCAUCUGGGUUGAUUGUAUACCGGAGUUGAAGAAACUGCACCUCCUUGGGUCGGAUCUGAACAAUGGGGACUGCGCUAACAAAAACGCCAUGGAAAAGGCAAGUUCUCUUUCUUGCUAUAUUGUUGCUUUUGUGGGAGGCUGGCUCUGAAGUAAUUAGGUAUUCCAUGCCAGAAGAAACAGAAAGUGGCUCCUUUGUGGCCAACCUGGCAAAAGACCUGGGGCUCAGGGUGGGGGAACUGGCCACUCGGGGCGCGCGAAUCCAUUACAAAGGAAACAAACAGCUCUUGCAGCUGGAUAUAAAGACCGGGAAUUUGCUUCUCUAUAAAAAACUAGACCGGGAGGUGCUGUGCGGGGCGACAGAUCCUUGUAUACUGCAUUUCCAACUAUUACUGGAAAAGCCAGUGCAGUUUUUUGAAGCUGAUCUGCAGCUCACAGAUAUAAAUGACCAUUCUCCAGAGUUCCUAGAAAGGGAAAUGCUCCUAAAAAUUCCAGAAAUCGUCCGGCCAGGGACUGUGUUUCCUUUGAAAAUAGCUCAGGACUUUGACAUAGGUAGCAACACUGUUCAGAACUACACAAUCAGCCCCAACUCCCAUUUUCACGUCGUCACUCAUAAUCGCGGAGAUGGCAGAAAAUACCCAGAGCUGGUGCUGAACAAAGCGCUGGAUCGUGAGGAGCUGCCCCAGCUCAGUUUAAUCCUCACAGCUCUGGAUGGUGGGGCUCCGCCCAGGUCCGGCACCACUGCAGUCCGCAUUGAAGUCGUGGACAUCAAUGAUAACGCCCCUGAGUUUUUACAGUCGCUGUAUGAGGUACAGGUCCCGGAGAACAGCCCCCUAAACUCCUUAGUUGUCGCUGUCUCCGCCAGAGAUUUAGAUGCAGGAACGAAUGGGAAGGUAGCCUACUCUCUAUUCCAAGGCAAUGAAAUUACUCAACCAUUUGUAAUAGACGAAAUAACAGGAGAAAUUCGUCUGAAAAGGGCAUUGGAUUUUGAGGCAAUUCAAUCUUACAACGUGGAGAUUGCAGCCACAGACGGCGGGGGCCUCUCCGGGAAAUGCACCGUAGCGAUAGAGGUGGUGGAUGUGAACGACAACGCCCCUGAACUGACCAUGUCGACGCUGGCCAGCUCUACCCCAGAAAACUCCCCAGAGACUGUAGUUGCUGUUUUCAGUGUUUCUGAUCCAGACUCCGGGGACAACGGAAGGAUGCUUUGCUCCAUCCAGAACGACCUCCCCUUUCUCUUGAAACCCACAUUCAAGAACUUUUACACCCUAGUGACAGAGAGGCCACUGGACAGAGAGAGCCGGGCGGAGUACAACAUCACUAUCACGGUCACCGACUUGGGGACACCCAGGCUAAAAACCGAGCACAACAUAACCGUGCUGGUCUCCGACGUCAACGACAACGCCCCGGCCUUCACCCAAACCUCCUACACCCUCUGGGUCCGCGAGAACAACAGCCCCGCCCUGCACAUCGGCAGCGUCAGCGCCACGGACACAGACGCAGGCGCCAACGCCCAGCUCACCUACUCGCUGCUGCCGCCCCAGGACCCGCACCUGCCCCUGGCCUCCCUCGUGUCCAUCAACGCCGACAACGGCCACCUGUUCGCCCUCAGGUCGCUGGACUACGAGGCCCUGCAGGCCUUCGAGUUCGGCGUGGGCGCCACGGACCGCGGCUCGCCCGCGCUGAGCAGCCAGGCGCGGGUGCGCGUGCUGGUGCUGGACGCCAACGACAACUCGCCCUUCGUGCUGUACCCGCUGCAGAACGGCUCUGCGCCCUGCACCGAGCUGGUGCCCCGGGCGGCCGAGGCGGGCUACCUGGUGACCAAGGUGGUGGCGGUGGACGGCGACUCGGGCCAGAACGCCUGGCUGUCGUACCAGCUGCUCAAGGCCACGGAGCCCGGGCUGUUCGGCGUGUGGCCGCACAACGGCGAGGUGCGCACGGCCAGGCUGCUGAGCGAGCGCGACGCGCCCAAGCACAGGCUGCUGGUGCAGGUCAGGGACAAUGGCGAGCCGCCGCGCUCGGCCAGCGUCACGCUGCACGUGCUGCUGGUGGACGGCUUCUCCCAGCCCUACCUGCCGCUGCCCGAGGCGGCGGCCGAGCAGGCGCGGGCCGACCCGCUCACCGUCUACCUGGUCGUCGCGCUGGCGUCGGUGUCGUCGCUCUUCCUCCUGUCGGUGCUGCUGUUCGUCGCGGUGCGGCUGUGCAGGAGGAGCAGGACCGCGUCGCUGGGUGGCUGCUCGGUGCCCGAGGGCCCCUUUCCGGGCCACCUGGUGGACGUUACCGGUACUGGGACCUUGUCCCACAGUUACCAGUAUGAGAUAUGUCUGACAGGAGGCUCUGAGUCAAAUGAGUUCAAAUUCUUGAAGCCCAUUCUCCCCAACCUCCCACCCCAGAGCGCUGGCCAAGAAAUAGAGGAAAACUCCACGUUUCGGAAUAGCUUUGGAUUCACCUAAGGAUUUGAUUAUGAUGCACCAUGUUAUGUCAUUUAUCUCUAAUUUCCCCAGAUACAGAAUUUGAGAGCAUAAUGGAGAAAAAUCUCACCUUAAGGUAUAGCCUUGAUUUCCCUUUCAUGAUGAACAUGUCCAUUGAACUUUAUCCUGUCGAAUUUUAGAAAACUCAAUUCUACAUCGUGUUUAUUUGCAGAGUGCCAUUCCAAAUCCAUGCAUGCUGCUCAUUUUCCUGAAAUUUUUGCUCCUCUUGUGCAUUUUCGUUGCCAGGAACUCUCUUAGUAAAAUCAAAGGUUAAUUGUUUUUCUCUGUAUUCUAUCCCUUCUGUUUUAUCGCACUCUAAGUAUAUUUGAUGCUAAAUAGCAAAAAUAAAAAGUUUUUACAUA